GAUUGUUGUUGUGUACUGUGAAAAUGGGUGGUGAUGGUGGUUCUCUGAAUAAUACUCGUUUAGAACUUGUUCAAGUCCGAAAAGACAUAUUGGGAAAACGAAAGAAGAGUUCUAAUGGAGCUCCGGGGGACACAAAAGAAGCAAACUAUAGAACUUGCGCCAUAUCGAGGGAACCUCUUAGACCACCAGUGGUAGCCUGUAAACUUGGUUAUUUAUUCAACAAAGAAGCGCUUAUUUAUUUUCUUUUGGAAAGGAAGGCAAAAACCAAACAGGAAGAGCUUUACAAUUCUACCGACGCAUUUCAACAUAUAAAAAGUCUCAAAGAUGUUGUGGACUGCUCAAGAAGUUUGCGAGGUGACGAGGAGAGUGGCUUUCGGUUAAUGUGUCCCGUUACUUUAGAAGAAGCUUCUUCCAAACGACGUUUUUAUGUGCUAUGGAAAUGUGGUUGCAUAGUAAGUGAAAACGCCUUACGCGGAACUGGCUUUAUGAAAGGUGAAAGCAAUCACAGUCAAAGUUGUCCUGUAUGUUAUUCAUCUGGUCUUACUCAAACUGACCUCGUCUUGUUGAAUCCAACUGCUGAAGAAAGAGAAAAAAGGAGAAAAAAGAUAAUAUCGAAGACGACUACAAGAACACAAUCUAGGCUAUCCAACUCAGGAAGCUUUCUAUCUCAGAGCAACAGUCGAGCCAACACAAGUUGUGAGAAAAAGAGUUCCCAAAACCUUUUGAGCAGUAUUUUCGUGAAUAAUAAGACUCGAAAACCAGAGGAACUUUUUACGGGUGCCGUCCGUUGAUCGUCACAAAAAAAAUAUUAGAAACUCCAACCGAUUCUUUGUUCAGAAUUUAUAUGACAGGAGCCUAUCAUUCGCUUAUAUUCUUCAUCCCAUUCACGAAGUUGACUCUCUGAGAAGAGAGAAUCCGUUUGAUGUUUCAGAGCUUCUUUUGAAUUGUGCCUAUAGAAAAGUUUUCGUGACUUGUUUUCAAAACCUUGAACGAGUAAAUGAGCAUUCUUUUAGAGUAUUCAUUCAUACCUAUGCCUAUAAAGUUGGAUAUUUUCUC